CACAAAUUAAACUAAUAGGCUCGCUUAUUUAAUAGACUUGUUAACUAACGCGUGACGUUUAAAUACGAAUAUUUUAUACCAUGGAUCACUUCCGCGGCUUGUUUGAUAAACUCGACAAGAAUAAUGACGGUUUUAUAUCUACUGUGGAGCUGCAGAGUGAAAUGCGAAGGAUAGGUGUGGAACCAGUCAAUGAAAAGGUUAAAGCUGUUUUAUCCAGUUAUGAUAAAAAUGAAGAUGGACGUCUGAGCUAUCAGGAAUUUCUUGUUUAUAUGAUGGACAAAGAGAAGAAAUGGAAAAUAGAUUUCCAUGCCAUUGACAGGAAUGAGAGUGGGGUCAUUGACUUGGAGGACAUCAUGACUCUCUUUAAGGAACUAGGUUUGAUCAUAUCAAAACCCAAUGCAAAAAGAAUCAUUCAAAUGAUGGAUAAAGACAACUCUAUGACAGUAGACUGGGAGGAAUUUCUCCAUCAUGUCAUUGUUAAUCCAGCAGAAAACAUUGGAGAAUUGGUGUCUUCCUGGAAACAUAACCUGGUAAAAUAA